GCCCAGCUUGUUAGUGAACUACGGCUCUGUGUAGUAUACGCCGCUCCAUCUGAAAGCAGCUGAUGGCGAUUUACUAAUCAAUGAAUGCACUUUAUGUUAUGUGCUUUACUGACGAGAUGCGCAUAACAAUCUCAUCUGAUAACGUUAUAUCGGUCAGCCCUAUAUUUAGCCAUAAACUUCGGUGACAACCAGGACGUCCAAUAUAUUUUUAUAUAUUUUAUAUAUAUUUAUACAAUAUAUAUUUACAUUUCAAAAACAUCAAUUUUCUAACAAUACUAAUGAUUUACGUGACUGCUGAAUGUUAAUAAUAUCUGGUGCAAUUUACCGCUGAAUGUUGUGCCAUGUUGACGGUCUUAGCAGGUACAUGGUGACGUCAUGCAGAAACUCCAACCUAUGCUAGCCUGGCUCGCUCUCGCGCAUCUGAGUUUUCGCUCGUGCAUGAUUGCGCGUCCAUGUUUUUCGAAUGGGUGGAGUCAGGGCCAGCGUUGGAGGAGAGAAGGAUGCGAUGUGCGAGGAGUUACCGAGGCAAGUCUGAGGCAGAAUCAGGCAGCGAAGCGUCUGUGGUGAAGACAGUUUGGCAGUGGAAGGGGGACGAUGGUGAGUGGGAACCCUACUCGCCAGCAGUCUGUGUCCAGUUGGAUACAGCAAAGCAGGCUGGUGAAAAGUCAGUGUCACUGGCUGAUAGACCUGGUUAUGAAGUGGAUCUUGUGAAAAUGACACAGAUUAACAGUGUGACCAAGUAUAAACGGAAAAUACGCCUUCAGAAUGUUAAGUCAGAAGAUCAGAAUGAAGGGGAUUCUUUGAAUGGUAAUAAUGGAGGCACCGGUGUGGUUCAGGUUAAAGAAGAAGAAGAGGAGCAGCCGGCCUCCAAGAAGAGGUGUAAUGAAGAGAGUCAGAAGGCGAGAAAAGCCAAACCCAUUGCCAAAGAGGAAAGUGAAGCAGAGAUUGUGAAGACGGUGGUGAUGAAGGGGAAGGCCCCAGUUGACCCAGAAUGCAAGGCUAAAAUAGGAAAAGCCCACGUCUACAGUGAGGGGACUGAUGUAUAUGAUGUUCUGCUUAAUCAGACUAAUCUUCAGUUCAACAACAAUAAAUAUUACCUGAUCCAGCUCCUUCAAGAUGACAAUGCAAAGGCCUACAGUGUGUGGAUGAGGUGGGGGAGAGUGGGUAAAGUUGGACAGAACAGCUUGGUUAGUUGUGGGGAGAAUCUAUCGCAGGCCAAAGACACUUUCAUGAAAAAGUUCUUUGACAAAACCAAGAAUGAGUGGGAACAUCGAGCAAAUUUUGAGAAAGUUGCAGGAAAAUAUGACAUGGUGUUUGUAGACUACAGCAUUGAGGACAAGGAAGACAAGGCCAAGGUAUCCUCUCUUCCCCACAAAAAGCCCUGCCAACUGAACAGCAAAGUUCAGUCUCUCUUAGAGCUUAUAUGUGACCUGAAAGCCAUGGAAGAGUGUGUGCUGGAGAUGAAGUUUGAUACCAAAAAAGCUCCACUAGGAAAACUAACAGCAGAGCAAAUUCAAGCCGGUUAUGCCUCUCUGAAGAGAAUUGAGGAGUGUUUGAAGAGGAAAGGCUGUAGUAAGGAACUCCUGGAUGCAUGCAACCAGUUCUACACUCGGAUCCCCCAUGACUUUGGGUUGCGGACACCCCCUGUCAUACGAUCAGAGGAGGAGAUAAAGGAAAAGAUUGCUUUGCUUGAGACUCUGAGUGACAUUCAGAUUGCAGUGAAAAUGGUUCAGUCUAGUGAUCAGAGCGACGAGCAUCCUUUGGACAGACAGUAUCGCUCUCUAAAGUGUGGACUGCAGCCACUGGAUUCUGACAGCAAUGAAUACAAGAUCAUAGAGAAGUAUCUUCAGUCUACUCAUGCACCCACCCACACUGACUACACAAUGACCAUCCUGGACAUCUUCGCUGUGGAGAGAGAGGGCGAGAAGGACAACUUCAAUUCUCAGCUGGACAACCGGAUGCUCUUGUGGCAUGGCUCUCGUCUGUCUAACUGGGUGGGGAUCUUGAAUCAGGGGCUGCGAGUGGCCCCUCCAGAGGCUCCUUUAACUGGAUACAUGUUUGGUAAGGGGAUCUACUUUGCGGACAUGUCCUCAAAAAGUGCCAAUUAUUGCUUUGCUAAUCAGAAGAACAACCAGGGACUCCUGCUACUGAGUGAGGUUGCCCUUGGGGACAGUAAUGAACUCUUGGAUGCAGAUUACAAUGCUGCCAAACUACCCUCUGGGAAACAAAGCACUAAAGGCCUAGGACAAACUGCUCCUGACCCAAACAACAAUGUUAAAUUGGAUGGUGUAACAGUACCCAUGGGGCCAUGUGUAAAGACUGGGGUGGGACAGAAAGGUGGCUACUCCCUCCUUUAUAAUGAGUACAUUGUUUAUAAGCCUACCCAGACACACAUGAGAUACCUCCUCAGAGUUCAGUUUAACUUUCCAUCACUGUGGUGAGGCAGAUGGAAUUCUUUACAUUUAGCACACUGACAGUCUAACAAAUAAUGUCCUAUGGUGGAGGACCUAACCUUUAGUAAUAUAUAGAUCAUCCAUGAAGGGGAAUAGAAACUGAGGAAUGUUUUACAAGAAAAUAUAAACAUUGUUCUGCUGUUGUCUGUUUGAAUGACAAAGCAACCUGGGACUGAAUUGGGUAAUUUAAUUUAACAUGAGAGGAAUAUUGCUAUUAUUAAUCAAUUAUGUAUUAUAUUUUCUGUUUGUAUACUGUAUUAUAAAAUUAUAUUUGCUUUUGGUGACAUUUCUUUUUGUGAGUGGAAUCAAUCAAAUAUUUCAGUUAAGUUCAUUAUCAUUAGGUAAUGCUUUAGGUAUCAUAAACUAACAAUGAACAAUAUACAGUAUAUUUCUGCAGCAUUCAAUCAUCUUUGUUAAUGCUUAUUUAUAAAAAUACAUUUGUUCAUUGUUAGUUCAUAGUGCAUUAACUAAUGUUAACAUACUGUACACAACAUUUGAUUUUAAAAAUAUAUCACUAUAUCUUGAAAUUAACAUAA